AUGGGCUUUAAAAGUUUUUUCAAUUACAAGGAGGAAGAAAAGGAAAAACAAGCAGAUAGCUCAAACACUGAAAAGGGAGAAGAAACGGGAGAAGAAAAUAGAGAUAACAAUGAUAGUGAAAAAACUAGCAAAGAUGAAGUGGGCCCAAACAAAAUAGACGAUAAAGCAAAUGAAAAUGACAAAGAUGCUGAAAAUGAUGAAGGACAAAAUGAGAGUAGUAGUAAGGGAAGUCCUAGAAAACGAAAUGGACAAGGCAAACGAAAAAAAAAUAAUGAAACUAGUAAAGAAGAUAAUAAGGUUGAAGAAGAUAGUAAUAAAAAAGGUUUAAAAAAAAGGGCUAAAUGUAAUACACCAAUUAAAGAAGAUGCAAAAGAAAAUGACAAUAAUAAGGAUGAGUCUGUAAAGGAGGAAGCAUCAUGUAAUGAUGGUACUAAUGAUGAUACAAAUGAUGGUGGUUUGAAAAGCGGAGAAAAAGAUGCCAUGAAUGAAAGUGAAAAAACAAAUGCUCAAGAUAAAAACCAAACAGUAAGUAAUACAACAGGAGCGACUGAAAAUAAUAAUAUAAAUUUAGAGAACUAUAGAAAUUAUCAAUAUUAUUAUAAUCAAUAUUAUGGUAGCAUGAAUAAUAUACAAGCAAUGGGUAAUGAUAUGGGAAGUGGAUAUAAUAGUAAUAUUUCUAAAGAUAAUUUUCAAAACAAACAAAAUAAUUUGAAUAAUAAUAUGAAUACAUAUCCUGAAUAUAAUAAUUUUAAUAAUAUGUAUAUGCCAAUAGGUAUGAAUAAUUAUUAUAAUAUGUAUAAUUAUAAUUAUAUAAAUGGGUAUGCAAAUAUUGGGAAUACCGUUGGAGUAAAUAAUUAUAAUUACAAUUAUUAUUAUGGCGGAAAUGUAGAAAACAAUGGAAUGUAUGACUAUAAUAAAGAUUUAGUAAGUAGUGGUGGAGGUGAUAUGAAAAAUUAUGCUUUUCUUUCUCUUAUUAAUAGAAGUUUAGAGCUAAUGAAGACUAGUGAUAAAGUAAAAGAAAUACUUAAAAGUCCAGCAAGAUUACAAGUGACACAAGAAGAAUUAAAUAAAGUAGAACAUACACAAGAUAAUCAAAAUAACAAUAAUAGUAAUAAUAAUAAUGUAUGGUUUGGCAAAUAUGUAACAGAUAAAAAUAAUAAUAAUAAUCCUAAGUUUGUAGCUAAAUAUAAAUGUAAUCCAUCUAAAGAUUCAGGAUAUACUAAAGCAGAUAAAUCCUAUGCCAACAAACCAUAUUUUUGUAUUUAUUUUGCUCGUGGUUGUUGUGCAUAUGGUCAUAAUUGUUUAUAUAGACAUAGAGUACCAACAGAAAAUGAUGAACUUGAAUUUGAAAAUACAAUGGAUAUAUUUGGUAGAGAAAAAUAUAAUACCUUUAAAGAAGAUAUGAGUGGGAAUGGCAAUUUUAAUAAUGAUUGUCGAACUUUAUUUAUUGGAAGUAUAUAUAUCAACAAUUUUAAUGAAGUAAGUGCUAUUGAAAAAGCUUUAUAUGAUGAAUUUGUUAUAUAUGGAAAUAUAGAUUAUGUCCGAUUUAUUCCAAAUAAAAAUAUAGCUUUUAUACAAUUUACUAAUAGAGUUAAUGCAGAGUUUGCUAGAGUUGCUAUGUCUGAUCAACCACUUGGCAAUUAUUCAAUUUCUCUAACAAUUAAAUGGGCUUUUGAUAUGAAACCUCAACCCGCUGGAAAUCCUACAAAUUAUUACAAUGGAAUGAAUAAUGCAAAUCCAUAUUUUUAUAAUCCAAAUCAAGCCAUGUCAUCUACUUGGCCCCAAUAUAUGUCACAAAAUCCAUAUGGCACUUCAUCAAGUGCAAAUUAUUAUGAUCAAGCAAAUAAUUUAGCUAGUCCUACCAUAGGCCCAGCUAACUUUCCUCCAAAUUUUCCAGCGAGCAAAGGGAAACCAGCUAUUGGACCUGCACCGGCUGCUCCGGCUGUGCCAGCUGCGCCUGCUCAUCCACCUCCUAGCAAUAACAAUGAUGCUCAAAAUGGGAAGAAAAAGAAAUAA